AUGACUAGGCUUUUGUGUACCUUGGAACGUUGGAGCUCGAGCAAUCUUCGCUUCCAAAAGUUUCAGACGGAAAAUGAGGGUAAUCGUUGUAGUGGAAAGCUGGCUCUCCGCCACGCAUCGUCAACACUGUCGACAGGCCACAAUAAGACUAUUCUCCCAGAGGCAUUGCAACGUCAACACGUUGAAAUUAUUCAAGGAUCACAUUCACCUGCUAGCUUUCACUAG